AUGAGAAGAGUGACACCGUUCGAAGAGUUCUAUUAUCGCAAAAAUACCGAGGGCUUAUACUCGUGCUUUUUUGUCGGCGUAACGUUGAAUGUACCCUUAGACAGGGCCAAGCUAGAAAUUGCACUGCGGAAGGUAGUAAAUAACUACCCGCAAUUGUACAGUAAUGUGUUCUACGAUGAUAUGUCAGGGGAUCUUUGCCUCAGGCCAUUGUCGGAGAAGAUUUACAUCGGCGAUGUACUUGGAUUGGCCGAGUCCGACAAGCUGGAUGAAGACGCAUCAAAUUGGAUAUUCAAAAAUAUCAAUUUCAAGUAUCACUGCCAGUGUCCGCUGUGGAAAAUUGUUAGCAUGCAGGCAGGCCAGCAGUUAUUGUUUUGUUUUGACCAUUUGAUUCUAGAUGGCAUGAGCGGUGCCCUAUUCUGGGAGGACGUCCUUCGAGAAUUGAAUAGCGAUGACCACUCACCAGCACAGGCAGACCAGGACGGAGUGCUGUACUUUGGAGACGGGAUCGACGCUAUGCCAGCACAUCCGUACAGCAUGUGGCCCUCUUCCUUGGCGUGGAAAAUCCUGCGGAUCGUCCUUUUCAUCUGGCACAUAUACCUGCAACCCUAUAUUCCUACACUUGGUAACAGCCACUCCUGCUUUCAAUUCAAGCGCUACACCUUCCCUGAGUGCCUAUAUGACAAUUCCAGAAGGAUAAGAAAUACCAACCGCCAUUUUAGCCUUCGCAUAGCCCCAGAUCAGCUGAAACAGCAGGUGAAGUGGUGCCGGGAACACAAUACCUCACUAACUGCAUGGUUUGCAGCUAUAAUUACAUUAUGGCUCAAAAAUUUCACUAAAAAGAGUAGUACUACUGGCUCUGUAGUCAAGGUUGAAGUGCCAUUUAAUACAAGGCAGCAGCUCUCGCGCGCAAUUCCGACAUAUCCUAAAUCUGCACUUCGGUUGGGCCUCUUUGUCAAGGGAUCUACUCUACAGUACAACGUGGACAAUGGGGAUGAGGGCGUAUGGAAAAUUGCGUCUGAGUUUAGUAAAGACCUAGGCCGCAAUAGAGAUACAGAGGUGGGUAUCCAGAAAUGCAAACUCUUGGAGUUGGUGGAUGUUAAGAACUUUGUCAUUUCGCUGUCGCAACUAAAGUACCCUCCUUCAACAUUUGAAAUAACCAACCUAGGGUUCCAAGCAUUUGGGACAUCUACAAGCGAUACUUAUUAUGUGACUGAUGCGGUGUUCCGGGGUGGUCAAACCUUAUCAAAUGCAUUUACAUGUUAUAUCAUAUCCACUCCACUGGGCGGCUGCCAUAUUUCACUAUCUCUGCCACCGGAGGUUGCCAGUGAUUGUGAAGUAGACGCGCUGCAACUGGUAAUUUCCAAAUAA